UUUGAGAGGGGCCGCGGGCGGGAGGCCCGAGCGGGGCCGGCCGCGUCGGCGGGGGAGGUUGGAGCGACGCUGAGCUUGGGGCUCGCCGGCGGCCGCGGCGCCGGGGGGUGGUGAGGGCCGGGCGACCGCUCGCUCCGCGCUGCCUCGGUGCAGGGCGAGCGGCGGGCCUUUGCACAGCGGCCGCCGCCGCCGCCGCGGGAGGAGGGGGCUGAGCUGGCUCCGGAGUUGGCCAAAGAAGCCCUCGAAGGAAGGAGCAGCCGGCGCCUUCGGCAGAGGAGGAGGAGGAGGAGGAGUAGGAGGCAUCGGAAUCGCGUCGGGCGGAGCUUCAGGUCCCGUUCGCCUCUCCGGCUUCUCCAUACAAAGAUUACGGUGCAGAAGGAAAUUGCACUCGCCUCCUCCGCCCCCCGGUACCCAUCACAAUGCACCAGCCGCCGGAGUCCGCCGCCGCGGCGGCCGCUGCUGCAGACAUUAGUGCUAGGAAGAUGGCGCACCCAGCAAUGUUCCCUCGAAGGGGCAGCGGUGGUGGCAGCGCCUCUCCGCUCAAUGCAGCAGGUACUGGGGUCAGUGGUGCUGCCCCAUCUUCUGAGGAUUUUCCUCCUCCUUCGCUGCUCCAGCCACCGCCUCCUGCUGCAUCUUCCACGCAGGGACCACAGCCUCCGCCUCCACAAAGCCUGAACCUCCUCACGCAGGCUCAGCUGCAGGCACAGCCUCUUGCACCGGGCGGAACUCAGAUGAAAAAGAAAAGUGGCUUUCAGAUAACUAGUGUUACUCCGGCUCAGAUCUCUGCCAGCAUCAGCUCUAACAACAGCAUAGCAGAGGAUACCGAGAGCUAUGACGAUCUGGAUGAGUCGCACACGGAAGAUCUCUCUUCUUCUGAGAUCCUCGACGUCUCCCUCUCCAGGGCCACUGACUUAGGUGAGCCGGAACGCAGCUCCUCAGAAGAGACUCUGAAUAACUUCCAGGAAGCUGAGACGCCUGGGGCUGUCUCUCCUAACCAGCCCCACCUUCCUCAGCCUCAUUUGCCUCACCUUCCACAACAGAAUGUUGUGAUCAAUGGGAAUGCUCAUCCACACCACCUCCAUCACCACCAUCACAUCCAUCAUGGCCACCACCUUCACCACGGCCACCACCAUUCAUCCCAUGCUGCCGUGGCCGGUGCCCCCGUUCCUGGAGGGACACCCCCGAGCCCACUGUCCAGAAAACUCUCAGCUGCUGGAAGUGCUGAUGGUGGCGUGCCAGUCGCACCGACUUCUGCUGUAUCAUCCAGCGGCUUACCUGCAUCACCUAUGACUAACAUCCGCGCCCCGACUACUACAGGCAGCAUAGGUAUAAGUCCCGUUGCCGGCGCGAGUGCAGCGAAUAACGUUAACGCUGCUACCGUGGGUAGUUUCAGUCCCAGCGUGACAAGCAGCAUGCAUGGUAAUGCUAAUAUAAGUACAAGCAACACUCCUAAUGCUGCUAGCGUAAGUGUUGGGCCUGGAGUUACCAGUGUCGGUACCGUGAAUGUCAUGAGUGGCAUGGGCAAUGGUACUGUUUCUUCCUCUCCUGUUGCUAACAGUGUCCUUAAUGCAGCCGCAGGUAUCGCUGUGGGAGCGGUUUCAAGUCAGCAGCCGCAGCCGCCAACAGUUAACACGUCACGGUUCAGAGUUGUGAAGUUAGACUCUACUUCUGAACCCUUUAAAAAAGGUAGAUGGACUUGCACCGAGUUCUAUGAGAAAGACAAUGCCUUGCCGGCUUCGGAAGGCGUGGCAGUAAAUAAAGUGGUGGAGACCGUGAAACAACCCCCCACGGAAGUGUCUUCGGAGAGGGAGAGCACCAGUGGGAGCUCAGUGAGCAGUAGCGUCAGCACCCUGAGUCAUUACACAGAGAGCGUGGGAAGCGGAGAGAUGGGGGUCCCCGCUGUGGUGGUGCAGCAGCAGCCGCCGCUACCACCGGCGCCGCCAGGCCUUCAAGGUGUGGCCCUCCCACAGAUGGAUUUCAGUAGCCCUGGGCCUCAGAGUAUUGCAGCAGUUGGCAUGCCACAGAGUGUUUCUCAGUCCCAGAUGUCACAAGUACAGUUACCGCCGCAAGAACCGAGCUUCCAGCAGAGGCAAGGUCUUCAGCCGGUGCCUCUGCAAGCUGCCAUGAGUGCAGCAACUGGAAUCCAGCCGUCACCUGUGAACGUGGUUGGUGUGACGUCAGCGGUCGGUCAACAGCCUUCCAUUUCCAGUUUGGCUCAAGCCCAACUGCCGUAUCCUCAGACAGCCCCUCCAGUGCAAACUCCUCUUCCAGGGGCACCACCCCAGCAGUUACCAUAUGGGCAACAGCAGCCAAUGGUUUCUACGCAGAUAGCCCCGGGCCACGGCCAGCCCGUGACUCCAAAUCCUACUUCCGAGUACAUACAGCAGCAGCCAGUCCUUCAAGCAGCCACGAUGUCCUCUGGACAGUCCAGUUCUGCAGGCACGGGAGCAGGAACAUCGGUGAUUCCCGUGGCCCAGCCACAGGGGAUGCAGCUGCCAGUGCAGCCCACGGCAGUACAAACCCAACCCGCAGGGGCCUCUGGGCAGCCCAUUGGCCAGGCUCAAGCAGCAGUGCCUGCUGUCCCGACUGGCGGUCAAAUUGCAACCAUGGGUCAACAGGCAAACAUGCCCACUGCAGUACAGCAGCCCUCCAGCCAGGUCACACCUUCAGUUAUUCAGCAAGGUGCUCCUCCAUCUUCACAAAUAGUUCCACCUGCUCCAGCUGGGAUUAUUCAUCAGGGAGUUCAAACUAGUGCUUCGAGCCUUCCUCAGCAAUUGGUUAUUGCACCCCAGAGUACCUUGUUAACUGUGCCUCCCCCGCCACAGGGAGUAGAAACGGUGGCCCAAGGAGUUGUUGCCCAGCAGUUGCCCGCGGGUAGUCCGUUGCCCUCUGCUAGUAGUAUUUCUGUUACCAGUCAGGUUAGUUCAGCUGCUCCCCCUGGAAUGCCUUCCGCCCCAACAAACUUAGUUCCACCACAGAAUAUAGCACAACCCCCAGCCACCCAAAAUGGCAAUUUGGUUCAAAGUGUUAGCCAAUCUCCCUUGAUAGCCACUAACAUAAAUUUGCCUUUGGCACAACAGAUACCGCUAAGUUCUACUCAGUUCUCUACACAAUCAUUAGCUCAGGCCAUUGGAAGCCAAAUCGAAGAUGCCAGGCGCCCAGCGGAGCCCUCCUUAGUCGGCUUACCUCAGACUACCAGUGGUGACGGUGGGGGAAUGUCAGCAGUUUCAGAUGGGAGCAGCAGCCUAGCAGCCUCUGCUUCUCUCUUCCCGUUGAAGGUGCUACCGCUGACAACACCCCUGGUGGAUGGCGAGGAGGAGAGCUCUGGUGCAAGUGUGGUAGCGAUCGACAACAAAAUCGAGCAAGCGAUGGAUCUGGUGAAAAGCCAUUUGAUGUAUGCAGUUAGAGAGGAGGUGGAGGUUCUAAAGGAACAGAUCAAAGAACUAAUAGAGAAAAACUCCCAGCUGGAGCAGGAGAACAAUCUGUUGAAGACCCUGGCCAGUCCGGAGCAGCUCGCCCAGUUUCAGGCCCAGCUGCAGACUGGCUCCCCUCCGGCCACCACGCAGCCACAGGGGACCACACAGCCCCCUGCACAGCCGGCGUCCCAGGGCUCAGGAUCAACCGCAUAGCCUGCUAGGCCCCAACAGAACUGGCUGCUGCUGUCUGAACUGAACAGGCUGGAGACAUGUGCUAGCGAGAGACCGCCUCCACAGUCACCCACUUCAUCGCCGUCUGAGAGACGCGAGACUCACACAUGCCAUUCUCGCUUUUCCCCAGUAUUAAGCACUCAUAUGCUUUUGGCUUGAAGAGAUGUACUAGUUAAGCGAAUUAAAGGUUAACCAGAGAAUGAGCAUGGAUGUACCCUGUGCAACUUGGCAGAUGUCUGAGGAAUGGUUUAAUUGUUGCUGAGGAGCUGUGUGCCUUUUCAACCCUUCCCAGCCGCCCACCCUGCGUCCAAGAGCUCUGGGGCUUGCCUGCAUGGGGCUCGGAAGGCGGGCUGCUCCUGGAUUUUGCGGUCUCCUCUUUUUCCCUUCAAGGAACUUGAAAGAGAGACCAGAAACACGACUGCACCGAGGGGAGGGGGGGUGCAGUCAUUUUACAAACCGACGACUGUCACCAAAGUUGAUAAAACCCAACAGUACUGUCCCUCUUUUCUGAAACAUCAGAAGACACAAAACUGUUAGUGACAAGACGGUGACAAGUAGCUGGGACCUAGGCUAUCUUAUUAUGAAGGUUGUUUUGCUUAUUGUAUAUUUGUGUACGUAGUGUAACGAAUUUGUACAAUAGAGGACCGUAACUACUGUUUAGGUUGUACAGAUUGAAAUUUUAGCUGUUAACACUGGCUGUCGGAAAAGGGUGUGGCUUGUCCUUCUCAUAGAGAGAUCUACUUAAAAACUGCUUCAUGACAAAAACCACACCUGAAGAAAUUUGGCACGGUCACUUGGUGUCACCUGAAAUCUAGCUGCUGAAUCUUGCAAAGUCAGUUCCCAGCUCACUGCUGUCUUCUCAGUGGAGCUGGUGGAGCGCUCGGAGAAAUGGUCAAUUACCAAGGUAGUAGGGGUCUCUGCAUACCAGCUGUAUAGUAGUUGUGUGCAUACGUGUCUGUGCAUGUUUUCCACAGUUAUCACUGUAUUUCACUGUUGUCCUUGUCACCUUUCAAUAAAGCAUAAAAAAUGUUGAUAAA